GAAAAGUUACACUUGGUGUUCUACAAGAAAACGUUAUAAAAACGUGAGGGCACAUCUAGACACUCACUGUAUUAUUACAACAGCUUCAAACUUAAUACACACAGUUUAGAAAUGGCUCCUCCCAAGAGAACCUACACAGCCAUGUUUGUGUUUUUAUAUAUGUCAUCCUACAUCUUUCAAUCCCAUGGUUCCUUAGACAUUGGAGUCGGUCCUUCGGGGGGUUUUCCAACAGGCGGUGAUUCGGACGACAGAGUUAGCGUAUCGCUGUACUACGAAACUCUGUGUCCGUACUGUGCAAACUUCAUUGUCAAUAAGCUAGUGAGGCUGUUUACCACAGAUCUUGGGUCCAUUGUCAAUCUCAGGCUCAUCCCUUGGGGAAACACCCAAACAGCCCCUAACCAUGGCUGGAUUUGCCAGCAUGGCCCUGAUGAGUGUCUGCUCAAUCUAGUGGAAGCCUGUGCUAUCAGUUCAUGGAGUAAUCUGAUACAGGAAAUCAUGCAAUUCAGAUUUGUAUAUUGCAUAGAGCUUUUGCAUCUGGAGAACAGACACAGUGACUGGAAAUCUUGCUUUGCUGCUACAGGAUUGAGUGAAAUUCCGGUUAGGGAUUGCUUCAACAAUGGAGUUGGAAUCCUGUUAGAACAGGGGUAUGCAGCUGAGACAGCGAGUCUGAUCCCCACUCACAGGUUUGUGCCAUGGGUUCUGGUGAAUAAUCAGCCUCUUCAAGAAGAUUAUGAAAACUUUGAAGCAUAUAUCUGCAGUGCCUAUAAUGGAAGCAGAACCCCGCAGGCUUGCAGCCAGCGGGCAUUAUCAGUGGGGAGCAAUAUGGUCAAAACAUCAAGCAUCACCCCUUCUGGAUUCUGUCUCCGAGAAUGACAUAUAUUGAUUCUCCCCUUAGACUUUGAACUGGGAUGAUGUUCUUCAAGCAAUCGAGCCAGAUACAUUUCAACUAGUCUGAUAAUUUUGCAGUGUUUGAUUUUUUGCACUUCUGUUCUAUAAGAUAUUACCCAUUGUUUUCUUAAAUCUAUUCAUAACUAUUUUUUCAUACAGUUUUCAAGCAAGUCAAUUCAUUCA